AUGGCUGCCCGUGGUACCCUGUUUUGCCUAGCCCUGGCGGCCAUCUUCGCAUGCGGUGAUGCCAUCCGCUCGCACCAAGGCGAUGUCAUCCGCUCGCAACCAGAUUCCGUGCCGGUGCUGUACCUGUCGGACGCCUGUACGUUUACCGAGCUUGCAGAUCGAAGAGACGGCUGGAGCUUGCAGCCCGAAGAGACGUUUAGAAGUGAAGAGAGCCUGGUGGAUGAACAUGGAGGAGAUCGGAAGCACGCCGACAUGGCCGAUGCUCCUGAAGUUGCCAAAAACGUCGCCGCUGUCAUGAAGGACGCUGCACCGGGUCUCGGGAAGUUCAAAAUUUGCAGCUCCAGCGACGCCUCUGAUGGUGGUGAGAUCAUAGUCAUUGGCCAGCCUGGGUCGGAUCCCAAGAAGGCCUGCCUCAAGGCGCUGGGCAUUCGCAAGAUGGUUGACGACGAAAUUAUCCGUGAACUCACUGACCCGACAGACCCGGAACUCUCCGGCGUGUGGGCCUUUGCAACGCUGGAGCCCCUAGACGUGAGGGCCAAGUUGAAGACGGGCUUCAAUGCGGACGAUGAGGGCGAUGAGGGUCCCGUUGACGCAGGCGAGAAGAAGCAGAUCCUGGCUGUGACUGAGAUCAUGAAUUUGAAGCUUGAAAAGCACUUCGUCUUCAACUUCGAUGAGGAAAUUGUCACGGCCCCCAUCAUCUACGGGGGCUACGCCAGCGACGGCUCCAUCGUUGGCCGGGAGAACGCCAGGGCGGUGCUGAUGGUGCUGCGUAGGAUCCCUGAAAAGCCUGUCCUCUCGGUCCUGACGUUGCCCUCCUUGAAGGAGUUGGCGGCUCGGGCCUGCGCCACGUCGCCAGAUGUUUCGGAGGGACAGUCGGACAGUGAGGCCCAAGAGUACCCACGGCGCCUGCAGGAGGAGCUGUUUGCUUUCUCCUCUUUGGCGGUGAACUCCGGCCUGCCGCCGCCAUUGCUCAGCCGCUUCGACCUGGUCGUCGUGUUUGCAGAGGGCGGGAAGGGUGGUGCCACGGAGAGCGACAAGGCCGAGUUUAUCCUUGAAAGCACGGGCCCGAGCUCCGUGGAGAAGCCUCCGGUUUGGGACCAUGCCAGGCUGCGCGAGUACCUGAUGUGGGCAAAAGACAAGCUGCUUGACGAGGACGAUGAGCCAGGGGCAGCGCUCUUGCUGGAGACGUAUUUCCAGAAGCUGCGGUCGACGUCCUUGAACUCUGGUGGCGGCGGUGGCGGCGUCACCGCGCGCACACUUGAGAGCCUCGUCCGCCUUGCGCAAGCACAUGCAAAGCUCAUGGGCCGCAGGAGCGUCUGGAUCGAAGACGCGGUGGCAGUCGUGGUGCUGCACCGCGCCUCACUACAGGAUCACGUGGUCGGGGCGGAGUCGUUGCCUUCGGGAGAAGACUUCGCACCCAGCCUGAGGGACUGGCAAGAUGAGACCGCCGCAUGUGGUGUGAAGGUCUCCUUGGAGGGACUGGAGCUGCACCACGGGACCGAGAUUCCAAACCAAGAUGUCUACCUGUACUUGGAGCAGGCGAUUCUACGAAGCCUGAAGCUGUGCCGUUCCAGCAACGACAAGAGGCAUCUGGUACCAUUGCAGCAGGCCAUGGCCAUUGCGGAUGCGCCACGUCCGCUCCGGGCUAGGGAGCCUCGGGGAGAUGCCUCGCCGGCCGAGGCGCUUGGUAGCUUCUGGCUCCUCGUGGGCCUCCCAGCAAGUCAUGCCGUGCACACAGGAGACUCGAGUGACACAAGCGGCGCAAGCGAAGCCGCGGGGGAGGCAACUCGGGUGCCGAGUGCGGUGAGAUCGGGUUUCAAGUUUGGCGUGGCUGAAUCGGGAAAGUUCUCCGAGGCUGCCCCGGCAGCGAAGGGGUUCCGAGCUGCGGUGCUGGAAGUAGCCAAGCAGACGGAGGUUGUGGUGGCAGAUGCAUACGAAGUGGACAACACUGGCAUCAUGAGAAAGUGGUCAAUCCAAAACGACAACUGGAACCUUGACAUCUGGACGCCAGACAAGAAGAGGUUCCAGUACACUUCUUCAGCUGGGAAGGAGCCCGCCCUGACCAUUUCAGCAGAGUGGGCAGCCUGGCUGGAUGCGGGCGCUCAGGGUGGGUAUCCAGCCUAG